AUUGAAAUGUAAUCGAUGUCGUGCUCGUGCACGCCGGCGGCCACGCGCUUUAUUGAGCCGCCGCGCGUGUGGAUCAGAUUCGCGGACGCUCCGGACUUCUCUCUUUACACGCAGCCGUGGCAGGAAGGUCGAUCGUUAAAAUCAUUACGCGCCUUCUUGAGAUCAAAAGCCGACCCCGUCUCUUCAGCUGUUGUUUACAUGGAGCUGAGCAGGAGGAAGGUGCCUCUCUAUGGCGAGGCAAAGGUAUUUACAUUGCUGGAGGGUUUGGACUCAGUGCCAGAGGAUGCCGAGGUCUACGUUGUUCUGGAAGGAUCCACGCUGGUCCAUGUAACACGGGCUCACAAUGAUGUCAUGCUCUACUUUAUUGUGCCAGGACACAAUCUGCCUGAGGAGGUCUCUGUGCAGGCCUAUCUGUGCUCUGAAAGCAUGCAGCUCACCUGGGUUGGUGGUGCUUCUUUAGAGUAUGUACAAGAUGAUGCUCAGGACUUGGCAGAGCAUAUAAUCAUCCACGGACAUCGUCUGAACGCCACGGAUCACAAGGAGCUGAGCGGCCUCUUCAACCUGCGCCAGGAGAGCUCUCGGUGGGCUAUGGAUCGUAAAGUGGCCCUUGCCAUGGCCAACCUGGACAUUCCUCCAAAGUGGAAUGUACUGGGAAGCCAACAUGGAAAUGAAUGCAGUCCCAGAGAGUGUCCCCUCCACCUGGCUGUGCGAUGGGGUCUGUACCGGCUGGCGGAGCUGUUUCUCUGUCAACCGGGGGGUUUGAUGGCUGUCAGUCUACCUAAUGAAGAGGGCGUCACACCGCUGCAGCUCGCACAAAACACAGGCAACACUGAGAUCCUGGAGCUGCUCACAAACCCACCCAACCCCCUCGCCACUCCUCCAGCAGGUCUGACUCAGGUGUGGGUAGAUCGGUCCCGCUUGCUGAGGUUUUGCCACGACACAGGGAACCUGACACUGACUGUUCGACAAAACCUGAGGUGGAGUUCAAUGGAGGGGCGAUACGCUGAUAUCCUCCUGCUCAGAAAAAGGCUCAGAGAUGAGAACUUCCUCAGGGAGAUCAAAGCGUUGAGUAGGGAGCGAGUGGAAACCAUAACCGAGAAGGAAGAACUCGUAGAUGACCCUGCAGACACAGCUUUGUAUGCUGACAUAAAUGGAGAAAACUCUGCUGAUGAAAACGUUCUCAACUUUUUCGCCGAGGACUGCGAGGAGCCCCUGAUUUUCGGCCUGAACGAGGAGGACGAAGAGGACGACCUUUCACGCUCUGACUCUGAGAAAAGCCAGUCCAUAAGGGAGAGCCAGGCCUCGUCCCCGACUCGGGCAGCAGCUGCCAGACUCUCAGCAAUGAUACACGGCAAAGACCAAGUGUACGCCAACACCAUGCUGGUGGACCAGGUGGACGGAGCUGACAUUAAGUAUCGGCCCCCGGGGGAUGAGGAGGAGGUCGGUCCUUCGUCGUGCUGGGAUUCCUUCUCUCCCACUCUCGUUGAAUCGGGGAAUUGCUCCCAGAGCCGAUCCCAGUCGUUACCCCAUCCCGGGCCGAGGGGAAGUCAGGGCCCAGGACGGGACAAUGGCAGGGAGGCAUACUCUUGUGUUUCUCCCCCUUAUCCCUUUGCCUCCUCCCCCUCUUUUCCUUCCUCUCCCUUGGCUUCCGCCAUUCGUUUGUUCGAGGGAGCUCAGCGGUGUCAGAUGGGUCCUUCGGACUCUCCAGCUCUGGAGCGCAGACACUGCAGCGUGACAGACGCAAGCCGGAGUCUGAGCCCCAGUCUUGAGUGUGACAGUGAAGAAGAGGAUGUACCGGGACACUCUUCGAAGCAGAGGUCCAUCCAUCAGUUCAGCUCUGGAGAGGAGAGGGACUCCUUUGACACUUCACCUGAUUUUAAUCGCUCGCACUCCGACGUUGCAAAGAAAUCCAACAAGAAUUCCGAGGAUGCUGAAGUUCGGCUGCGCUCCUACUCCUACUCCUCCCCUAAAGCGAGGCCGUCGCGGCCUCUGCUGAACCGAGACUCGGCUAUCACCGAUCUGGAAGAAGAUGGCACUUUCAGCGGCGGCGGUCGUUCGCUACUUCAGGCUUUAUCUCUCUCUAAAUCACUCUCACGCCUCAACCAAGUUAAACAGAGAGCCUUCAACCUGACUGAAACGGCGAGAGAUAAGAGGGUUCUGGGUUUCCGUAAGCGGGCCCAGUCAGCAGAGGAGGAGGGCACGACAUCGCUCCAACAUCUCACCCUUACUGAGUUUCUCAAAGAGAUCGAGGAUGAGGAGUGGGAUAAAUACAUAAUCCCAUCUAAGGUUGAGUCAGAGAAGUACAAAGUGAGCCGGACCUUCAGCUUCCUAAAGAGCAGGAUGUCCAGCACCCGAAGCAAAACCAAGGUAAAAGGGAAAGAGAUGAAGGAGGGAAAAGAGAAGCCGGGAGCGUCUAAUGGGCACCAGUUUGUUCCCCUGUCUCCGCCUGCUCCUUCUCUCUGUGUGGCCUGUGAUAAGCCCGUUUCUGGGAAAGAGUCGUUGCACUGCUCCAACUGCUCUCUGAAUGUCCAUAAAACCUGUCGGGAAUCAGUUGCAGCCUGUGGAAAGAAGCUGCAGGAGAGGAAUGCAGUGCUGAUGAAAAGCAAGACCAUGUCUCUCCCGCAGAGCUUUGUCAAGGAAAUCUCUCCGGCCUCUCUGUUCACGUCAUCUGCCUGCUCUUCCCCAUCAUCUUCACUUCCAGCGAUGACCAAAGAGAAAAGGGACACUAUGUCGUCUUUCUCCAAAAGCCAAUCCGUCUCCAUAGACAGCAGAGGCUGGAGUGAAACGGCGGGGGUGGACAGUGAAUGCAGCGCGACGGCGUGGCCUUACAGCUCCCCGUCUGAAGAGGGAACACCUGUCACAACAUCUCCCCCUUUCGCCGACCUACCAAUCAGCACGAAGGAUACCGUUGAUGCUCCUCUGCUGAGUGACCUGUCGGCUGACCUGUUGGGGCUCGAGGCGGAGUCGUGGAGCAUCGCCGUCUGUCCCGAGUUUUGCAGACAACACGACAGGCGCACCGUUAAACGACAAGAUGUCAUUUAUGAGCUGAUGCAGACGGAGCUGCACCACAUUCAGACCCUGACGGUCAUGUCGGAGGUGUUCAGGAGGGGCAUGCUGGAGGAGCUGCAGCUGGACUGGGACUGCGUGGCCCGGAUCUUCCCGUGCUUGGAUCCCCUCCUGCUCUUACACAGAAACCUCUUCAGAGCGCUGCAGGAACGCCGGCAAGCCGCAACCCAAACCGACAAUUCCCGAAAUUACCUCAUCCACCAGAUUGGAGACGUGCUGCUUCAGCAGUUCUCAGAUGAAAAUGCUGAGAAGAUGAAGCAGGUGUACGGAGAGUACUGCAGUCACCACAUGGAGGCGGUGAACGUCUUCAAAGAGCUCCAGCAGCAGAACAAAAAAUUUCAAAACUUUAUCAAACAACAGAGUAAUAACUCUCUGGUCAGACGAAGAGAAGUGCCCGAAUUCAUCCUGCUGGUCACGCAGCGCAUCACCAAGUAUCCAGUCCUGCUGGAGAAGAUAUUACAGUACACUCAGGAAGGAAGCCAGGACCACGCUGACUUGUCAGACGCUCUGGCUCAGAUCCGCGACAUCAUCACCGCCGUCGACCUGGCGGUGGGUAAGUACGAGAGGUCUCAGGAGCUGCACGAGGUGCUCGCCAGGCUCGAAAUCAAGAGCUUUGCCAAGCUGAAGAGUGGCAAGCUAUUCCGCAAACAGGACCUGCUCAGCAAGCACCGAGCUCUGCAGCACAAAGGCCUGCUCUACUGGAAGACUGCUACGGGCCGUUUGAAGGAUACUCUAGCCCUUUUGCUCACGGACGUUCUGGUUUUCCUGCAAGAGAAAGACCAGCGCUUCAUAUUUGCUUCUGUGGACCAAAAACCUCCAGUUAUUCCUCUGCAAAAGCUGAUUGUUCGGGAGGUGGCCAACGAGGAGCGAGGAAUGUUCCUUAUCUCUGCAUCCUCCGCAGGACCAGAGAUGUAUGAGGUUCACACCACCACGAAAGAGGAGAGAAAUGCCUGGAUGAGACACAUCCGACAGGCUGUAGAGAGUUGUCCAGAGGAAGAAGAGGAGGAGGAGCGAGCUGCAGAGACAGAAGAAGCCAGACAAGCUGCAGAAGUGAGAGUCCAGAAGAUCAGCAAGUUCCAGGGAACCUUGCUCGGUCAGGACCAGCAGAUCUGCCACAGCCUGGAGGAGAAGUUACAGCUUUACGCUGAGCUCACAGAGUUAACGCUGUGCGCGCCAGAAUCUGUACCACACCGCCAUCUGCUGGUGGGACCUGCGCAGUACAUCGACAUCGAGGCGCCGCGCCAGGCGUCGACUCUGCUCACAGCUGCACUAAAAGAAGCUGAGAACCUCAUCGGCAUUCUUCAGACUCGGGAUGAAGUCCCGGUCCGCAGUCAGAACUCUCCCGUCCAAGCGCCCGAGUGCUGCAGCUACAACAGCCACGGCAGCAGCAUCCAGGAGUCUCCUUCUGAACCAGAUUAUCUGAGCACGCUCAGUAUGAGCUCCAACUCUCUCGGCUCUGACAGCGAGUUGGCGGGGAUGGACAACGCGUCGUGGAGCUCAGCUGUCGAUCUCAGGAAAGGAGACACAAAAGGGACACUACUAAAGGUGGCAGAGAGCGUCCAGAGCCUGACGCAGCUUCUCUACAGUCUGCAGGCAGCUGUGACCCUCCAGGACAGCUUCUAUGAAGUCCAAAAACUUCUCCUUCAAGAGGGAGAAAGACCUCAGCUCCGCAGCGUCAGCUCCCUCCAGACCAGCCUGGAGGAGAAACAGAGGAGCGUGGACAAGGUGAAAGAGGAGAAGAAGGGUUCGGAGAGGAAGAGAGAGGAUGUGGACGAGGUGCAGAAACUCCAAGCCAAACUCAAACAGGAGCAGCAGCGCUGGGAAAAGGAAUGUGUGACCAGAGAGAAGCAGCAGACUGAGCAGGAGAGCGUGCUGGAGCAGCGAGAGCAGCAGUGUCUCUUCGAGGCCGAGCGGCUGCGCUGCGAGCGGGAGGCGCUCGAGGCUCAGCUGCAGGAGUAUCAGCAGAACCUGGACAGGCUGCGGGAGGGCCAGAGGAGCGUGGAGAGGGACAAGGAGAGGAUGGAAGCCCAGCAGAGGCUGCUGCAAAGCUGGAGACACAGCCGGCAGAGCAGCCUGCCCGUCACAAUACCACUGGAUGGAUACAAGGUCGCUACGCACAGCCGCACGGGCAGCUACGACGGGAACUGCCCGCUGUACAAGAACAAGUCGAGCCUGCUCAGCUCCGUGCAGCAGAACCACCUCCACCAGCCCGCCAACCACAAUCACCACCACGCUCUCUCCACGCAGCAAAAGAAGAACCCCAACGGCCCGCCUCCCAACUCCAGCUGCGCCGCGGACCGCAGCCUGAGCGCCUGCCUCUACAACAGCCUCAACACGCUGCUGAGCCAGACGCACGGCAGGCAGCCUCUGUACGGCAGCAACCACGGCUGCACCCGGCCGUCUCCUGACCGCCUCCCUCCCUUCAGCACCAGGGUGGCUUCACAGCAGCAGGAGUCCAACAGCACGGAUUUCACCCAGCUGGGGGAGGCGCAGACCUCAGGUUCCUGGAGGUCAGGGGUCACAGCUCAUGGACUCAUCAAGGAGCACGACUCCUCCUCUCCCUCUCUUUUUCCCCUCCUCCCGCCGCAGGCAUACCUCUCACUCGAAGGACAGAACGGAGAGGAGGGAGUUCAGGAAAACAUUGUUUACCUCUGAGAAUCCACAACGGAGCGAAGCAAGCUGCUGAUUUAUCCGCGGCUUUAUUGUCUCUCUAUGCUAUUAAAAUUGACUCAAGCCCAUUUAAAAACCAGACUAUUCAGACUUUUUGACUGCUUAUGUGCCUUUACCUAAGUCGGUGUGCCUCCUGUUUGAUCAAACCGUUGUGCCUUUUUGAUUUUUGGAAAAAACAACAUGAAGUCAUUUUUUUUAUUACUUCUAUACUCUACUUUCACAUUUGUUGCACUUAUUUAAAGACAGAGGUACAUUUAACGCGAACAGUCGAAACAGAUGUAUUGAUUUAAUUUUCCCGAAAGCACUUAAAACUAAGCUAUAGCUGUACAGUCAAGCUUUGCCCCAGAAUUUGUCAUUGUUUUGCAGUGCCAUCUGUGUUAAUAUUUAUAAGUGAUUGUAAGCAACUGCAAAGCAUAUCUAUCUAUCUAUCUAUCUAUCUAUCUAUCUAUCUAUCUAUCUAUCUAUCUAUCUAUCUAUCUAUCUAUCUAUCUAUCUAUCUAUCUAUCUAUCUAUCUAUCUAUCUAUCUAUCUAUCUAUCUAUCUAUCUAUCUUUCAUGAGAAGGUCAUGUAUGCACACUGUGUUGUAAACAGAUACUGUAUUCUUCAUUUUUUUUAUCUGUCUGAAGUGCCAAAAACGUUGCUGAUUUUGUAAUUGAUGUAAAGAUAAUUGUUUUUCUUAUAAUUUAUUUGACAUAGGUCGCUUCAUGCACUCCCGAUAUUAACCGUAUUUUUGCUUUUAAUUGUCCCAUCUCGUAAUCUCUCUAGUUAGAAGUUUGCACGCCCUCAUCAGCGGCAUGAAGGCCACUUUAUUUUAACUGUUCCUUUUGCAUCAUACAUAUUUGAUGAUUUUUUUUUUUUUUUU